CUGAUUGGCUCCCUCUCAUAGUUGCUAGGAGACGGUCCAGCCCCACAGAGGGCACCUGAUUGGCUCCUGCAGCUUAUUUAGGAUUUCCUCCCAUGUCCUUGCCGGUCUUGUGUUUGAUCUUAAAAACAGUGCCACCCUUCUAGACCGACUAGUCCGUUCCUGCUGAACGCUCUUCAUUUUCUGUACUUGAUCCAGAAGCUGCCGCACAUCUCAGCCAGCCUGUAAAUCCUCACAGCUUUGCUUUCUUUAUGAUGGUUUAAUUCAUGUGAAGAAGUACGUUAAUCUGACAGCCCCUAGGGGUUAGGAGCCCAUUGUUCACCAGGGGGCAGGCUUGUUCAUCCUCAGACUGUUCAGCUUCCCCACCGCCUUCUGUGUUCACAUUCUAUGGCUACCUUUGCCCUUUUAUCUGACCCCGUGGGUCCUUCAGCAUACCACAUUAUUUUGCACCUUUGUAAACUUCUCCACGCAUAGUAUGCAGCCCCCAACGCCUGGCAAUUAGGUAGUGUUACUCUACAUUUGUGUGACACUGUGGAAGGAUGCAGGAACCAUUGGUAGGACUGAAAUAGCUGGCCCACAUACAGGCGUGGCUUUGAAUGGCUAGGCUAUGCCAAACUGAAGCAGCAGAACCCAGGACAGAAUUAGAGCCCUGUCUCUCGUCCCCGGUAUCCUUUGCUAGUCCAGAAGUCCUCAGAGUGUGUGUGCUGAAUGGACCUCCCUCUCAGACUUUCCCAAGCCCACCAGCAGGGAGCAACAUCCAGUCAGAAGCUCCAGGCUGUUCCAGCAAUGAAGGAGGUGAAGAGAGAGACAGCAGCGAUGCUCUGUUGCAGAGGACAAGUCCAACGAGAAUUCUGAAGACGUUCUUUAGCCCAUGUCAAGGUCAGGCAGCAUACUGGGUAGAAGGCGACAGUAAACAAACAGACCUUGACCUGGCCCCUGAGGAGGCAGUCACAGUGUUGAAGGGACCCGACGAGUCAGCAUCUGGGGCCGUCCUACAUGGAGCAUUUCCACUAGGGCUUGAUGAAGUCACAAACCUGUUCAGCCCUCAGAAGCACCACGUGUUUCCUGACUGCGGAGGGGGCUUUGGUCAGAGUUCAGACCUCAUGAAGCUCCAGAGAAUGGACGGAGUGGAGAAGCCUUAUUCGUGUUCAGAGUGCGGGCACCAGUUCGCUCAGAAGGCUUCUCUCACGGUCCAUCAGAGGAAACACUCUGGAGAGAAGCCGCACGUGUGUGAGGAGUGUGGGCGAGGCUUCAUGUACGUAUCCUCCCUCAACAGCCACAAGAAGAUUAUCCACUCUGGAGAGAGCCCCCUUGUUUGUCCCGAGUGUGGGCGUGGCUUCCGCCAGAAGAUAGACCUCGUCCUCCACCAGCGGACUCACCUGGAUAAAAAGCCCUUCGUGUGUCCCGAGUGUGGGAGGGGCUUUUGCCGGAAGGCCUCGCUGCUACAGCACAGCUGGUCACACUCGGGUGACAACCCCUUCAUCUGCUCGGUGUGUGGGCGUGGCUUCAGGCUGCUCUCCCGGCUCCUCACUCACCAGGUCACACACUCUGGGGAGAAGCCUCAUGUCUGCCCCGACUGCGGGCAACGCUUUGGCCAAAAGGGUACGCUCAUGAGACAUCAGAAGACACAUACCGGGGAGAAGCCUUUCGUGUGUCGCCAGUGUGGCUGGAGUUUCACCCAGAAGGUUAACCUCAUUAGGCACCAGAGGAUUCACACAGAGGUAAAACCUUUCCUAUGCCCUGAGUGUGGACGAGCCUUUGAGUUUAAGUCGCUCCUCACCAGACACCGUAAAACGCACAUGGGGGAGAAGCCCUACGUGUGCCCCCAGUGUGGUAGGGGGUUUAGCCAGAAGUUCAACCUCAUCGGGCACCAGAGGAUUCAUACAGGGGAGUUACCUUUUCUGUGCCCUGAGUGUGGGCGUGCAUUUGUAAAGCAGUCCAUGCUCAUCAGACACCAGAGGACCCACGCAGGGUGGGAGAAACCUUACCAGUGUCCCGAGUGUGGACGCACCUUUGAGUUUAAGUCACUCCUCACCAGACACCAGAAGAUACACACGGGGGAGAAGCCUUAUGUGUGUCCUCAGUGUGGCAGAGGGUUUAGCCAGAAGUUCAACCUCAUUGGGCACCAGAAGACGCACACGGGGGAAAAGCCCUAUGCCUGUCCCCAGUGUGGCCAGCGCUUCAGGCAGAAGUUCAACCUCGCUAGGCACCAGAGGAUUCACACAGGGGAGAAGCCAUUCCUGUGUGCUGAGUGUGGGCGAGCAUUCGGAAAGAAGGUCUCUCUCAUUAGACACCAGAGGACCCACGGAGAGGAGAAGCCUUACCAGUGUACUGAGUGUGGUCGAGCCUUUGAGUUUAAGUCUCUCUUCAUCAGACACCAGAAGACACAUACGGGGGAGAAGCCCUACGUGUGCCCUGAGUGUGGCAAGGCGUUUAGCCAAAAGUUCAACCUCAUAGGGCACCAGAGGAGCCAUACAGGGGAGAAGCCUUACCUGUGCCCCCAGUGUGGGCGUGCCUUUGCUUUUAAGUCACUUCUUACUAGACACCAGAGGACACACUCCAAGUAGAAGUAUUUUGUUAACAGUGUAUGUGGGUAGGGACUGGAUGGGAUGACACCUCACCUCUGACUAGAGGACCCAGUCCACUCCGAAGAGAAGCCAUUGGUUUGGGCACAGCUUUGGCUUUAACUCUGCCCUCAUCAGACAUCAGCAGACUUACUCGGGCAAGAAGCCCUAAGAGCAGGCAUUGUGGGCAUGGCUUCAGCUGGAAGUUUCACCUCCAUAGACAUAGGAAGGCUAAGUAUGGCCAUCAACUUCUAAGCCUGAGAGGUGUUUGCCCGACUCGUUUCUUCCUUUUUUCGGGAGCAUGAAACUGACAGAAAUCACUAGAGAAUGUUUCUGGAAAUGGGGUAGGGGAAAGCCCUUACUUGUUCAUGAAAUCAUUGGUUUAUAGUUUACUAUCUUCAGUUAGCAGUAUGCGUUAGUUUUCUAGGGUUUCCUAACAAAAUACCCCAAACUGUAGAGCUCAGGCAAAAGAAGUUUACUUCGCCAUAUAUAUGAGCCUAGAAGUCCUCUAUCAGACCGGCUCAGGUGUUGCUGUGACUACACCUCCCCUUAGUGGGUGGAUGGCUUCCUGAUGUGCUGUGCACCUACAGGUCCAGCCCUCCUGUAUAUAUUUUUCCUGGUGCCUCGAAUUCUGGAUAGGACCACAUCCAGAUGACCUUGUUUAACCUUUAUUAAAUGUCCUGCCUCCAAGUCAUGCCACACUAGAGGUAAGGUAUCGGUAUUUAUGUUGUGGGGCUAGGAUUCCCAGCAUCCUCAGCACCUGAUAUCCUUAACUCAUUUCAGCGUCAACUCUAAAUUGAAAAUCUCUUAAUACAAAUAUCUAAUUCAUGUAUUGGUGAGGAUAUAAUUCCAGUUCACCUGUAAGCCGUAUUUCUAUCCGCAAUCCUGUGAAGUUAAACAUGGAACUUGCUUCCAAAAUCCAAUGACUAGACAGAUACAGGUUAGAUAUUCCUAUUCCAAAAGGGAAACAUCAGAAAGACCUGAGCAGUGAUGGGUCCCAGGGUCCAGCACAAACCUAGCAGGCAAAUUCAAUGGGACCUUAAGUCUCAAGAGUAAUAUUGACUCAGUGUUCUGUCCCCUGGCUCACAGGACUGGCAGGCAGUAUUGUUUUCCCAGCCCUGAACAUCAGUUUCACACGUUUGACCUCGCUCCAGACCUGACCAGGGUUUGGAACCACAUUUUCCUUUUUUCUAUUCUUUUCUCUCUUCUCUUUU